GGCAAUUGGUUCCCAACAAGUGUGGAAGAGGCCAUCUACAUGAAUAUUGAGACUUGGGAAUCUAAUAAUCAGGGGCGGACUGACAACUCAUGGGGCCCCCUGGGCAAUAGGGGAUCAUGGGGCCCCUGUGUCCUUGCCCACACUCAAUAAAAGCCUAUAAAAGGUACCAGGGGCAUUUCAUGGUGCCCCCUACUGACCCUGGGCCCUCAGGCAGUGCCCGAGUGCUCGAAUGGCCAGUCCGCCCCUGCUAAUAAUAC